AUGGAGGUGUAUUCCUGGGGAAGCGGCAACUAUGGCCGACUGGGGCUCGGAAGUGGAGCUGACGCCGCGCGACCGCAGUUGGUCAGUGGCGUGCUCAACGGCUACGAAGUGGUGGGCUCUGCCUGCAGCUGGUACCAUUCUGCAGUUGUUACUUCGACUGGAGAUGUGGCCACAUUUGGAUCAAAGAUCUCCAAAUGCCUUGGCACGGCGGCAAGUGGUAGCGACGUGUCAGAUGGGGCUGCAGCAUCCGACCACUCGUUGGAAGGACUUGACAGUGAGGGGGAAGACGAGAUUGCAUCUGUGGGACUGAAGGCCAUGCCUCGUGCACGCAGAGGUGACCGACGCGCGCGGGAUCCGCUCCAUUCCAAAGGAAUCGGCCGAAGCACCAGCGACUUCGUCCCACACCUCCUCCGGUCGUUUCCGUCCAGGGUUAACGUUGUUCAGGUGGCAGUGGGCAGCGACAUGCUUGGUGCCCACACGCUGGCCGUUUCCAGAAACGGCCGAUUGUACAGUUGGGGCUAUGGCCCCGCCUGUGGCCUCGGCAGCACUGCCAACGUCAGCACGCCGACUUUGGUUACCAAGUUCCUCGGCACAGGUGCAGGCGAGGGUGGCAGCGGGCGCAUGAGAAAGCAGGAGAUGGAACCACUGGGCUGGGGGAAGCACUCCCAUCUGCGGUAUCGACAAAGACCGUCGAACAAGCAUUUGGGGCUGCAGUUGCUCAGGCCAAAAAUCGCGAAGGCUAGUUGCGGCGGAGGUUUCAGUGUCGUCAUGAGCACGGAGGGUGAGGUGUUCACCUUUGGAGUGAGUGCCAGCGGCCGACUGGGAUUUCGAACAAAGUUUCGAGCACAGCUCCGCCCGCGUCGUAUUGAAACUCUGGCCGAGGGCACGAUCGACAUUGCGGCUGGUGCUGCCUUCGUCCUCCUCUGCUCCGCUGCGGGGAAGCUGCUGUCUUGGGGUGACAACAGCAAGGGGCAGCUUGGAGUGGGACACCUGCAGGAAUCGCAUGAGCCGUUAACACUGAGUCGCGCAUGUCCGGCGGCAUUCGUCAUGCAGGCUGUUGCCGCUGGAGACUCACAUUCGCUUGCUCUUGAUUCCGCUGGGAGAGCUUACAGCUGGGGCGGCGAAGGUGGUCCUAUGACAGGACAAGGCCAACCGGUUCCAAACUCGACACAAGUGGAUGCGGCAUUCCAGUUCCGACUGCGGCAGUUGUCUCACUGGUGGGUGAGGCCGCACCCCAUUCGAGCACUGGUUGGCAUUCGCGUCGUGCACGUCGAUGCGGGCUGCCUCCAUUCCUUGGCAUUGUCGCAGGACGGGGCUGUGUAUGCCUGGGGCGCUCCACUUCAGGCUGGCACCUCCCAGAACAACAGCGCUCUGAAGGGCAUACGUUCACAGGUGUCUUGGAUACCGCGGCUUGUCGCCCCGAGCCCGAAGCUUCCGCUGGUGCGUGUGGGAGCCGUGGCAGCAGGAGGUUGGCAUUCAAUUGCCACGGCCACACCUGCCAGUCCGCUGGACAGGCUGCUUCCGGCUGACUGGUCUCAGGAGGAAAGAGACGAAGAGGGCCUCGCCACGACAAGCCAGGCGGCAUCGACCUUGGUGGACUUCUGUGAUGGCUUUCUUGUCUCGGAGAAAGACUCCACCCCGGAGGAAGAGGCACGAAUACCCGUGUGCUGCACUGCAAUUCGUGCUCGACUGGCCAUGCCGGAUGGCACGGACUCUCCUGUAUGGCGUGCAUUGUCGGCACAGGUGGUCCGUCUUCGCCCCGAGUCCAUUGCCAUCUUUAGCCCAGAGGCCGCGGGGAGAGAGGAAGAGGAUACGGGCAGCGAGUCGGGCGGAUUGCUCGAACUUGCGGAAAUGCAUCGGUCACGCCAGAGGAGCGUGGCCCAAAGAAAGCAUCCAACGACUGCCCAAAACAGUGAUGCCGACGAAGCGGCUGGGUUGGCGCUGAAUCCUCUUCCUGCAGGGGCUUUGCAGAAACCCAAGGUCAAGACGGGGGUCCCGAGGAAAAAGCCAGUUCCAACAUUCAGCUCGGAUUCUGACUCAGGAAACGGUGGUGUUGCAAAGAGAGAAUUGCGAAGCAAGAUGGCGGCUUCACGGCCUGCUCCACAAGUGGCAGUGCCAAAGCGAACAGUUCCGGAUUUCAGCUCCGAUGACAGUGCGUCUGAAGAGGAGCUAUUACCCGAUGAAGUAGUCACAGCUGCGCGGAGUCCUCCUGCGCGCUCGGAUGCUACGUCCGCAUAUGGAUCGCCUGCAGCAAGCACUGCAGCACGAUCGCGUCAGCAGCCUGCCGUGGGCCAUCAGGGGCCCGCUUCAUCAACGCUUAGCGGCUUGGAGCUGCGAAGCUUUGGUGAAGCAGUCUUGGCAGCGCUGGUUCGUUAUUUUUGUACAAACACGCUUCGCAACAUCGAAGUUAUUGAUGAGUCUCACCCAGCAUGGCAGAGGGAGCAGCAGCUUCGCAUGCGGCAAUAUGGGUCCAACCCGGAGGCUGCAGAGGAGUCUCUGCGCCCAACGCGUUUGCGAGCGGCGCGCGGGCUGCUCUUGCGGCAGGAGGUGCGUGACUUGCGGCACAUCGGUGUCUGCUUGGGCAUAGAGCGCCUGGCGCGGCUCUGUGAUCAGCUGCUGCUGCGCAUGGAUGCGCCGGGUGCACCGGCCCUUUUUGUGCCGGCUUCUUCCAUUGGGACUGCGAUGUGGACACUGCUGCAGCAAACCCUGCGGCCUCCAGAUCGCGAUGGCCCAGACACAGACCUCUUGUGCGCUCCACCCGGGCCGCGCAAGCAUCAUUGGGGCCCUCGAUGGCUGCCUGCGGAUGGGCACCUGCAAGCCCACGCGUUCGUUCUCUGCGCCGGCUGCUGCAAUCUGCACACGGAGCAGAGGUCGGUUGAUGGGCCCGCAGAACUUGCAGGAGGUGGUCGGCUUGGCCAACGAGCAUCCGACACCUCUGACACCAUGCCGAAACUUCGACUUCGCCGGAGGGACGGAGGAGGUGGAGGUGCACCGACAUAUGAGUUGGACCUGCAAGAUUAUCCGGCAGAUGUCGUCUUUGCUUGGCUGCGAUAUCUGUACACGCAGGAUGACUUGGAGCUCACGUGGCCCCUUCGGCACAAUCGUCGCAACAGGGAGGAGGCGCCGCCCGAGAUGUGGUGGAUGCAGCUGCUGCACCUGGGGCGCCUAGUCGGAGACUGGAAGCUCCAACUCUACGCGCAGGAGACACUUCGCCUAGAACUCUCUUCACAUCAGAAACGAAUAGGAAAUGAGGAGACCUGUUUUCAAACGAUUGAGGUUCAGACUGUGACUAGACUGCACUGA